CCCUAGGAUUCUACGCACAACAUCCCGCCGUGGAUGCCGCAUCUUCAUGAUUUUCAAUUGCCACAUCACAUUCAAAAGAAGUCGCAUUUAUUAACGUCCCCCCUUCUGAUCUUAAAGGCAUAUUUGCAGUCCAGCAAAUGAUAUUUCAAUAGUCAGAAAAUGUAUUUUUGACGGCAGUAAAGACAGAAUCUCAACCCCGGAUCUCAACAUGCUGCAUAGCAAAAACCACGACCAGCACACCAUUCUUGAAUAUUACCCUACUCCUAUCUGACGACCCUUUUCCGACCCACCUGCUCUCUUUUUCAUCCCAAGACCAUUUCGUUGCGUCUCCAUCACGGCGUCCUCUCAACCCCUCCACACCACCGCGGUCGACAUCGAGUCCGUGGUCGAUCACCGCUGCAAGAUGUUGGUACGGACCGGACGUCGUAUUAUUUUCCUGAUAUCCCUCAGUCUCUCCGUCUUCGUCCUUCUCUUCCUUCAGACGCCUCGUCGGCUACAGUUGAACCAGCUUCAACAGGCUUACCGGGAUUUCACUGGUACCACAGGCAUCAUACCAAGGAAGAUGCAAGGUUUAGUGGAAGACCAAGCACAGGAGGAUGAUUACGGGGAAGAAUCUUAUUAUUCCAUCGUUCGAUACGACGAUAAGGCCAAAGCAAACGUAGAAGAGAUUUUAGAACAUCACUGGGCUGCAAAUAGAACGGCACUACUACAAACCAGUUUUGAAAAAGAAGACGUUUUAUUCAUUGUCCGAGAUGCGAAAGUUUUCAACCCCUACAAGAUGAUAACCAUGACAUCUGAUGACGACACACGAGGUCAACUCAAACGAUUCUACAGCGCAAAGGCAAAGGCCAUGACCUUGAUACCACCAGGCCUUAGGAAACUACUCCCAACCAAACAACUAUUCAGAAAUCAGUACUUUAAAACUUGCUCCGUGGUCGGCAACAGCGGGAUCCUUCUUAACAGCUCCUGCGGAGCUCACAUCGACGCUGCCGAUUUCUCCUUCCGGUGCAACUUUGCCACGGUCAAAGGUUAUGAAAAGGACGUUGGAACGAAGACGGACGUUAUAACGUUUAAUCCCAGUAUCCUUGAUCGGUUUUAUGGAAGACUUAAAAAGGAUGAGGACAAAAGGCGGUUCGAGGAGCGUUUGGUUAGCUAUGGGAAAUAUGUUUUAUGGAUUCCAAUAUUUUCGACGCAUUACGUUAGCAGAACAGUCCACGAGAUAUUAGACUAUUUCAAUCUAAAUUUUAAAAGAUUUAAAAACAUCCAGCUGGCGUUUCCAGGGAACAUCCUCCCAGACAUAUCAGAUUACUGGUUAACCCAAGGUAUUGACGAAGACAGGAUCAGUACAGGUCUACUCAUGUUCAACAUCGCUGCCACCAUCUGCGAAGAAAUCCACAUGUACGGAUUCUACCCCUUCCCACAAUUUCAAGACCUAUCGAUCCCCUAUCACUACGAUGACAGCAGGAAAAACCGGACGCGGGAUAAUUACGAUUACGGUUACCGCCGGUUUCACCAACUUCCCGACGAAUUUGUGCUCCUCAAGAAACUCCACAAAGCAGGAGUCAUCAAACUGCACUUAGGGGAGUGCCCGACGUGAUUACUGAAGAUGAAAGUGGAUCGUGUAUUCUGAAUCAAUAGAAACGUUAACCAAGGCACAAGGACAAAAUUAAUUGUUCUUUUAUCUUGAGGCAUCUGAUGAAAAGUUUUUCACACAAUGUGGUAUAUCAGAAGGAUACGCCAAGUUAAAAGGUUCGUUCAAAUAUGGUGAGACAACACUUAGUAAUUAUUAUUUGACGCGCAAUGACGCCUCAUAUCUCAUUGACUUUGUAGGCAAUUUUGAUGAGCGUACGGUGGCACCACGUGUGAACGAACCAUAUUAACAUAACAAAUACGCUAAGAUCAUGAAGAU